UGGUACAGCACAAACUGAUCUGCAUCAUACUUGCAUGUAAAUUUAGUUAUUUCGCUGUUUGUAUGCAAACAUUUUAAUUGUUCUGGUAAUCGAAUAAAAUAAAUUGUAGUAAGUACAAAUUUGCUAGAAAUGCAUGGAUCACCCUUUAUCGUUGCCCUUACAUAUUAAUAAUACCCAUAUUUAUUCCACUUAAAAAAUAAAAAGUCUCCCAGCCUUGGGCUAUGGCAGAGCGACUAGGCCUAAUAACUUAGACUUAGCCUAGCCCUCCUAUUAUUAUAUUAUUAAAAAUUAUUAUGCCCGGCCUAGGCUCUGGCUACACUACAUUAAAUUACUGUUACACUAACUUAAACUAAAAGUGUACUACACUGGGCUAAAAUGUAAAAACUGGCACUCUACCCUGUAAACUUUAAUCAUUUAACUAUCUACAAAUACUACAAGUACAAAAGUACUGUUGUUAAAACUUACGUAAAAUUAAAAGUUACUGUUAAACAAAGUAGUGCAGUUUAGGUGCAUAAAUUCAAGUAUUUGACAUGUAUUGAACAUUGUCUCAUUGCGCAAAUUUCGGUUGUUUAGUUAUUGAAUAUAAUUGAUUUCCGACUUAUAAUGAUUAGCCUAAAUAACAGGAAGACCGCAUGCUCUGACAACCAUUGUCAAUCCAAAUGCAAUUGGCAGAACGAAGUGUCAACCGGACAAAUAGUGCGCGUGAUAUAUGUCCGGCGGGCAUGUCACGUGACCGGCGAGCAUGUCACGUGACCGCCGGACAACUAGUAGUUGUUAUUAUUUCGAACGAAGUGGUUAUUUGGAAGAUCUUGUGUGGUCUUGUGGUAGAGUGGUCGCUUGACCAUAUUAUAUUUGUGGAUCAAUGCCCAGUAUGGAAUCGUUUUUUUUUUUUUCCCAUUUUAAUUUAAAAUAUUUUAUAUUAUAUUUAUAUUAUCACGUUCAUCAGCAAAAGUAGUUUCAUGAGAAGUUUUAAAAUAUUUUGUAGAAAUUUAAACAAUUUAAAAUGAAAUCUUUUACUUUUAUUGGUUGCCUACUCCAUACUGGCCCCUAAUUUAUUUGAUGGAUUACUGGUACACAAACGCAAAUAACAAACUAAACAAAAAUGUUAACAAGCCACUUUCACUUAAGUUUUUUUCUAUUAUUUGCAUUCAAGAUACUUAGUAGAUUACUUGGUAGAGAAAUAGAUUUUAAAAUUAACAAAAGUAUUGAAUAAUUCGAGGUCACGUGACAAGGGUGAUGGACAAGAUAUCUCUCGCCACUUUGUUACAGCGGUCAUGUGAUUUGGUCGCCAGACAAAUAGUACAGGAGAUAUACGUCUGGCGCGCGUAGACACUGCCUUGGCAGAAUGCAUUAGUGAAAUAAAAAAUAAAAACCUGGCGUUGCUGUUGCCGGAAAUAUCUGGUCUUCAGCGUCGGUUAUGAAAGAAUUGUGUUGUUUCGGUUUGUAGUGCUAUUUAAAUGGUUAUUCUUUUAUUGAUGUCCUUUAAUAGUACAGUGGAGAGGGUCACAAGGUAUUUGGUGGCAUAGAUAGAGAGAGUGGCCGCUGUUGAAGUGUGAUCAUGUUACAGGAGUGCAUAGAGAGAUAUAUCCUUCCAGGCUCACCUAUUGUAUCAGACGGAUGGGCAGCUUAUAAAAACAUAAACCAGAUCAGACAUGGAAUCUAUGAAUACUCAGUUGUGGUCCAUUAACAAAAUUUUGUCAAUCCAAAAGACACUGGUGUUCACUCACACACUGUUGAAAAUAUGUGGAUGCCCACAAAGCACAUACAGAAAAAACAGGCGCAAGCUACAAUCUUUUCCCUUCAUAAUUGCAUGGGUUAAUGUCCCGCAAUCGUUUUCAUGGAGAUUAUAUAAACUCAAACUCUGUUUUCCUUUCAUAUGUUUAAUUGUUAUCAUUUUUAAACAUGAUAAGUUAUUAAAUUGUUUAAAUGUUACUAUUUUAAAAAUUUUGUCUUUAAUAUAUGCAGACCUGCCAACCCUUCUGAUUUUAUCGGAAUUAUACAGAUUUUUUUACCCCUUAUUCCGACCUUCAGACAAACCCCUUAAAAUUCAGAUUUUCUGAGCAUUAUAAUUUUUCACCCGUCAUAAAAAUCCUAAAGCGAUUUAAAAAAAUUAAAAAUUUGGUACGACAGGAAGUGGUGCAUUUCGACGAUGCCACUUCCUUUGACAAAUAAGUUCUUGAGAUAUUCUUCCGGCUAUUAUAUAUUCGACCAAGUCACAUAACCUCUGUAACAAAGAUGCCUGGGAUAUUUGUCCGUCAGCCUUGUACCGAGACCACUAAUAGUCUAUCAGACUUCACAGUACUUCAUUUCAACAAAUUCAAGAUAGUCUUGAUAUUUACAUAUGUUCAUUUCUACAAAAGAAAUCCUAGAACUAUUUCUGGUAUAUAUAAUGAACAAAUGAUUCAAAAGUCUUACCUUAUAAUAUUAUAAAUUCCUAAAAUUAAAAUUGCUAAAUUUGUUAGCGAAUAAUAUUGUAUCUUUCGCAGUCCUCCUUGACAUUAAUUCCUUCUACUUAGGACUAGUCCAAGCUGAACUAAUGAUUCUUAAUAAUGUCUAGGCCUAAUUAAUUGGAUUUAAUGUAUUUCAUAUUUUACUUUGCCAUUUGUAACCUUUGGAGUUUUGCUAUAUGUCAUUCAUAAUACAGUGUAGUUGUUGCAAUCAAUAAUUACGUUUAAGCUAGUUGGAGAAAAUAAGUUGAAUUAGUAUGAAAUUUGCUAAUAAUCAAAAGAAAAUAUCAUUCAGCAAAAGUAAUACUUUCCUUUAAUAUUUUUCAGGGGAAAUAUACUAUUAAUUAUGACAAUCAUGAUCAUCAUAUGCUGCCACAUCUGGAUUUUGCAUGAGAAUAUUGACCUUAUAAACUAACAGUCAUUCGCAGUACCUAUCUUUUUAAACUUAUCUAUCUAUUCUGAUUUUGAUUGUAAUUAAAGGUUUAGAAACUAAUCAGAUUUGAAUUUUAAAAUUACCUUUACUCUGUUCUUUUACUCUGUUAACCUGAUGUGUAUAUCUAAAAUACUUGUUAUAAUGCUUGCAAUUACUAAUGCUAAUAGAUCACUGUAAUCAAUACCCUGUCUUUCCAUAAUCUCAUCUCAUCUCUUGCUAUAUGCAUUCCAGAUUCUGUUUAAAAUGUCUGAUCAAUCAUUGGACCUUGAGGGGGGUGAGGAGGAUCUCAUUGGAGACGCUGACCUGAGUGAGUGGAAUGUUCUUUUAGAAGGAGACAAUACAGAAACAUCUCUAUAUGCUGUUAAAAGUCAGCCUAGUACCAUAACUGCCAUAAAAAAUCAAAGCCAAGAUGAGAAGAGAGAGAAGUCUUUGGUGGAAACAAAGCUGCAAGAGUCAAUAACCCUGGAGAAAAAACCCCAAAUAAAUGACAAAUCUGAACUACAAAAUUUGACCCAUCAAAUCGUAAGUCAAAAAGAGUCUGAACCAAAAGGCAUUGGGAUGAGUGACUCAAAUGUAAUCAAAUCUUCUCACUCUGUUGAUAUAGGGCAGAGUGUAAGUACUCAAAGUACCUUAGCACAGGAUAACAUAGAGACAGGCAACUCAGCUCAUCCUUCAUCCAAACUAAGCCCCACAAAAAAUAAAUUGCCUGAAUUGGAAAACAUUGAUCCAAAAGUCCAAAAACUUGACAAUGUUAGCGACAUUCUAAUCGCUAUUGGUGGAGACGAGAGAGUGGACCAUUCUCCCAAAGAAGUAGAAGAUAAAGACAAUGAGGUCCUUGCUCGGGACAGUGCAGGUGCGCACAUACCCUUUUUGUCUGAAGAAGAAAGUCGAAAUAUUGACAACUGGUUGGUCGAGGACAUGAUGGAGGGUAUAAAACAAGAACUUAUACCUCAGAAAGGUAGGACUAGUUUUCGUUCACUAAAAUUUUAGCUUUGUGAUCGAGAAUUGGUUAAUCUUCUGUUGUCCUUCAUUUAAUAAAUAUGAAUAUGUGGCAGCCAUUUGUGACGUCCUUUAUUUUUCUCUACAGAAGAUAAAUUUAUUGUCAGAUUCUCUCCUGUUGAGUUGGCAGACCUGGCCAAUAGCUCAGUGCAAGACCUUAUUCAGUCAAAUCCUAACCUGGCAUUCUACUUCAAGCGACAAGGAAAGUUUAAAAAGAAAAAGGGGUAUGACCACCAUAACAUCUCUAGAGCAAUUUGAUUUUUCUAAUGAGUUUCCAGGUCAUUUACAUUACUUUUGAACCCUAUAACUGUCAAAUGUAUUUACUCUGUGGCACCAAACAGUAUUAGCAUUUUGAUGGGCUAGUUUUAUGUAGCGAAAUCCCAUAAAAAAUAUAUACAGAGACCCAUACAUGUAUACAUUUCAUGAAAGUACAAGGACUCAAAUGGUAUGAAAAAGAAUUAGUUUUUAUAUGAUGUAAGUUGAUUUUGACCAUGACCUUUACACUAUGAGUAAAAUUGUAGUCCUCAACUGCUGCAUUCAACCCACACCAAUCUCACUAUUUGGUUCUAUGUAUCAUUACAUCAGGUUUUUUUUUAGAUACUUGAAGAAACAUCCUUUUAGGAAAUUUCAAGUUAUUGGUGCUUAUUAUAAAAAAAAUGUAAAUUUGGUGAAUUUCUUUCAUUCACUACCUUUAAAUUUCUGUCAUAAAAAAUACAAGGGGGAAAGCAUGAAAGCGUUUUAAAAAAUAUUUUCAAUUGAAGUUAUUCAAUCCAUUUUUUUAAUUAAUUAAUACUCCAGAAGUUACUCAAACGUAAAUGUCUUUGAAUUUCUUUAAGGUAGGUCUUUGGGAUCCAGUCUUUGUCUUUUCUUUUCGAUUUCCAUCCUUUUCCAAACAAAUGUGUCUGUAACAAUACAACUAAGCAUAGGGCUAAAAUUUUCAAUAUCUGACUCUUAUUGUGCCAUGACAGCUAGAUCUAAUAAUGACAUUACUAUCCUAUGGAAUUUGUCUGAAAUUAUUUUAAAUUUUUAUCCUUUUGAAAUAAUUCAGACCAAGAAAUUCUGUAUUGAUUUUGCAAUCUAGUGGGGGGACCCUCUCCAACAUCCGACAUUAUGGCAGUUACAAGAAUUGAACCAAUUUCACUACCGAUUAAUUUAGUAAACAUGAUAGUUAUAGGGUUAAGUGACUUUCUUUCUUUCAAAUAUAAAUUAUCAUUGCCACAUUUAUUUUGUUAAUGAAUACAAUUCUAUAAAUUAUAGAGUUACAAUUACAAUUAUUGUAAUGAAAGUAAAUUCAAGGUUGUCACUAUAUAUUCUUCAAUUCUUGUGCUAUGAUUAAGGAGCUACCCUAUUUUGGGGUCAUUCAGAGUCACAAUUCUUUCACAUAAAACUAAAACGCUUUGAAUUAAAUUGUUUGGAAAAAGCUUUUGAACAUAAGUAAUUACCUCAUCAUUUACUAAUUCACUUUCCAAAUUUAUUCAUUUUAUAACUCUAAACAUUAUUUAAGUUUGCAAAAUAUAUUUAUAAUAAAAUCUGGUUGUUUAGGUUUGCGGAAUCCUAUCAUUCAAAAUCUGAUGACGUAAAGUUGUUUAUUCAAAAGUUGCUUUUUAUCCAACUUGUUGAAAACAAAAUUGAAGUUUCAGUCACUUACAUCCACCGAAUGAAAGAGCCAGUCGUAGGUAGGUGGAGAAUUUCCUUAUGAUAGUUUUUUUAAUUUUAAUAAGUAAGAUUCUCUAACCACAUUGUCAUCUUUAAUUAAAAUUGUUAUCAUUUGCAACUGAGACAUGAGUCGAUUUGUGAAAAAGUAAAUUUUUGCCAGAAUGAGAUAAAAGUAAAAGUGCACAAGAAAGUUGCAUCAUUAACAUUUUUAAAAAUUAUAAAAAAUGUGUUUAUUAGGAUGAAAUAUUCUAUAAUUAUAUAUACAAAAAAAGCAUAAAAAUUAAGUCACUUAUGAUAAUUUAGUGUGCUUUGUAAUCAGAAUAAUAAUAUUAUUUUUGGGCUAAUUAUUUGUUGAAUAAAUCCAAUUUUAAAUUGAUUAUAAUAUUAUUAAUUUCCAAAGCUUCAUCUUUGUGCAUUAUUUAUGGCACCCAUAUGGUAACCAAUAAUUCAAUUUAAAUAUUCUUUUUGUUUUAUAAAAACAACACAUAAACCUUGUCAUAAAUAAUCAUUGGAAAUGUAAGCAACGUAACAUCCUUAAACUGAAGACAAUAAAAUAUAAAUAUUUGUCUAAUCUCGUCUACCAGGAUUAAUGAAAUAUCUCUUUUUGUGUUUUCAGUAUCCUUCAAUGUAUGUUUAAACAAAACUAACAAUUUGUUUAAACUGGUGAAAAACCCUGAAGGUAAUUAAUUUUCUACAUAUUAUUUAUUUCUUUGAUCCACCAUAAGGUUGUUGUUUUUAAAUCAUAAGUAGAAUUAAUUAACGACAGUGAUUUUAUCUAUUAGCAUUGUUGACUUUAUUAUGCUUGUCUAGUAUGCUUAGUAAAGUCAAAGUUCUUAUUUUUCAUUUCUUCUCCCUAUUCCUGGCUCCUAUUUCUUUAUUUCAGUAGUUGUCCUUUUUUUUUUCAAUGCCAGGAUUCUUUCUGCCAACAUUGUGGGGCUGGGUUGUUUCUUCUUCUCUCUUUUUAAACUACAUAUCUGAUGCUUUUAACUCGUUUGCAGAUUCAAAGAAAGGGAAACCAGAAAUAAAAGCCCACUUUGAAAUACAGAAAGUUCCAGCAACGGCCGUGACAUUUGCUCUUGAAACUAUUUUUCCUUAUAGCAAAAGCAUCUCUGUACCCUUCAGCAAGGGAUCGGGCACAGAUCAAUACAAAGGGUAAUUUGUAAAGUUAAUAAUUUUUAUAAGUGUGACAUUUUAAUACAAAUUGUGUGAAGUUAUACACAUAUAUAUAAAUAUAUAUAUUUAAGUUUUAUGCAAAAUGUUAUUUGUUCCAGACCAAUUACUGUAAAUUAUGCCAAUGAUCAUUGGAUUGAGGCAAUGCUGGAAUGCUGUUCUGACUUCAGAUAUGAAUCAUUCCCCAUGACUGUUUUACGAGCAGCUAAAGAACUAGGUAAAUGUCACAUGUUUACUCUUCCAUUUCAACUGAAUUAAAUUGACAGAUUAAAGUGGGUUGUCUUUUUAGUUUUUAAUUAAUCUGAAAAACAAGAGAACCAUUUGGUUGAUUGAUGUUAACACUUCUAGGUGCAUGAUUCACUAUGGGUGCUUCAAAAUCCAAGCGUCCUGCGUCAUUAUUAUGCAAAAAAGUUUAGUAAUAUGUCUUUGAAGUACAUUUAACAUCAGAAGUAAUCUCAUUUGAAAGAGUCUGGAAACCAAUGUUUAUAGAAAGACUUGUUGACACGUGUUGUUUCAUUCAGUUGGAUAUGUCAUUUGGUUAUUUGAGCUGGUUAUUUCAAUUGUUUAUGUUAGCUGGGGCAUUGUCAGCUGAUUUUGGAACAGACAACAAAGCUCUGAAAAAAGUUGCUAGAGAUGCAAAUUGUUCAAAAUAUAUGGUAAACAUGCAAGUUGUCAUUGUAAAAUUUAGUUACAUUCUUUCCCUCCUAAUUUCAUUUCAACUGGGUACUUCUUUAAUAGAAUAUUGAUUUUUUUUUUUUUUCACCUUUUUUUUUUCUGCAAAAAAAUAAAUAGCAGUUAAGUCCAAGGCUUGUGUCAAAACUGAUGUGGAAGCCAAGAAGGAGGAACAGUUGUGUGAAAAGUCCAAACGAUUUGGACUGGAUGCCAGUAAGGCAGUUAAAGAGUCCAGUGCUUCUGUUGGGAACAGUAUGUAGGUCAAGUCAUAUUUCUGUAUUAUGACAAGAGCAACUUUAAUAUAUUACAUAAUUAGAACUUGACCAAUUAACAAAAUAAAAAGAAUGUUAAGAUUACAGAUCUGUUUACUCUUACGAUUUUGGUGUACAAUGUAUGAUUUUGAGGUGUAUACAUUAUAUAUACUGUAUGUUUAUUUUUUCUAUUAAGACAAUGUGUUAAACGGUUUUGUGAUGAUAUUGUACAAUUUUAAGAGUUUGAGGGUAAACGGGUUUGAGAUUAUUUUAUUUUUAAAUACUAAGUCAUUUCAAACAAAUAAUGGGUUUAAUUUCAUGAGAUAUUAAUUGAACCAAAACACUGUCACAUCACCCAUUAUUUAGGAAUACCAUUCUACAAUAUAAAAAAAAAUCUAAGUACUGUAUCUAUAUUUUUCAAUACAGCGAUUUUAGCAACAGCUAUAUUCAUGGCAACUAAAGUAUAUCUUCAUCGUAAAGUUUUGAAAAAUUCUAGCUUAGAGACAUCAAUUCUUAGCAUACAAAAAAUAUUACACUUCAAUUAACAUUUAUUUACAUCUAUGUGUUGUUUAAAUAUUUAAUGACAAGUAACCUUAGCAACAUCUUAUUUACGAAUAUCAUAUUUCUUACACCUCUGACAUCGAUCAAUAUUUUGGUUCAUGGACAUCAAGUCAUCUCUUUUUUUUAAACUGAGUGACAAUAGACUCCUCUAACCACAUAGCUGCAAGUUUUAAAUUGACUGUUAUUUCAGAUUUAUUUGUCAUUAUUUGAUGCAUUACUAUUCUCCAAAUAUUAUAUUAACUAUAUAUUUAUUGAUGUAACUGGACUUGAGGAUGUGUUUUCAGCUCUGAUUCCCCUCAGGAAAGUUCCAAAGAUAGGGCAAUAGAUGCUGAUAUAUCCAGCAUGACAUUAGAUGUUUGCACAGGGAUGCUGGAAUCUCUCAACAAGCUCAAACAGCUAGGAACAGACAACCCGAACAUACUCAAAAUUCUUGAGGUUUUUUACUUAUCAAUUAUUUUUAGCGCCUUUUUUAAACGUAUCUCAAUAUAUUGACUUUAUAAAUGAGAGUAAAAUUUUGUUUUAAGGUAUUUAUUAAUAAGUAAUCUUAUCAUUCAUAUAUAUAUAUAUAUAUAUAUAUAAGUAAAAAUUUGUUUGGAGCUUUACUCUGCACUCUGCAUUUGUUUCUACAUUGAUUGAUGGAUCUUGAACAAACUUAUCCAUAUUCAAAUACUGAAGGGUACUGAAAUCAUAAUAUUAACUCCUUUCAGGCCGGGGGCCCCACAUUUCAUUUUCCCUUAUAUAAGCUGUAUAAAUAUGAAUAGGCUUAGAUAACACCAUAACUCCCAUCUAUUUCUACAUUGUUUGAUGCAUCUUGAACAAACUUAUCCAUACUCAAAUACUGAAGGGUACUGAAAUCAUAAUAUUAACUCCUUUCAGGCCGGGGGCCACAUUUCAUUUUCUCUUAUAUAAGCUGUAUAAAUAUGAAUAGGCUUAGAUAACACCAUAACUCCUAUCUAUAUAUUUUUUUUUUACUUUAUCUAGGGCAUUAUAAAACCGAUUUUAAUGGGACCAGUUUUAAAUGUAUCCACUCUUUUAACUUAAUUGAAAAAUGUUUAAGUUAUGGCCUUUAGUUUAUGGUAUUUUUUGUAUUCGAAUAUAAUGAUGUAGGAAGGUCAUUUUUCAAACUUUUUGAGAUUAUAAAAUUUAAUAUAGUAUUCCAGAAUAUGCCAUAUUGUUAUACGGGAGAUGUAUAGUGAAAUCUAAAUAUUAUUGAAGGGUUCAUUUAUUUCAUUUCUGUAACAUAACCUUCAUAAUCCUACUGGGAACAAAAUCCCACUGGGAAUAUGAUCCCUUUGAGGAACAUUACCCUAAUGGGGAAGGAGUUCCAAAUUGGGAUCUGGUAACCGAUGGGAUUGGAAACUCCCUGGUAUUGGGAUCCUACCAAAAAAUAGGAUUCUAUUGGGAUUUGGAUCUCAGAGGGAUUGGAAUCCCACCAAAAAACAGGAUCCCGGUGGGAUCAGGAACCCAUAAGUAUCGGGAUCCCAUGGGGUCAGGAUCCAGCUAGUAUUUCUGUAAAGAUUACUCAGUCGGGAUCCUGAUCAUCUGGGAAAAGGGAUGCCAUCGGAAAACAGGAUCCACCGGGAAAGGGGAUCAGAUUGCGAUCUCACCAGGGAUCGAAACAUUUACAAAAGUUUUGAUAAAUGUGUUUUUAUUGGAGACAAAUUAAUUAUUUUAUUUUUUAGUAAAGAAGUGUUUUUUUUAAAUGUGUUUUGUUUUGUUACAUGGUACUUAAUUUCAAUGUUAAUUAAAAGGUAGUUGAAAACGCCGGGUACAUUAGCUAGUGUAUACAUAUAUAUAUAUAUAUAUAUAUAUAUAUAUAUAUAUAUAUAUAUAUAUAUUUGUGUGUGUAUUUUUGUGUGUGUUUUUUUUUUAUAUAUAUUUAUAUGUUUUUUUUAUAUGUGUUUUGUUUUUUUAUAUAGUAUUUUAUUUCUAUGUUUAUUAAAAGAUAGUUGAAAACGCCGGGUAUAUUAGAUAGUGUAUAUAUAUAUAUAUAUAUAUAUAUAUAUAUAUAUAUAUAUAUAUAUAUAAAUUUGUUUGUGGAUUUUUGGGUGGCUUUGUUCUGCAUAAAUUUCUACAUGGAUUAAUGGAUCUUGACCAAACUUGGCAGAUCAUCAUCAUUCAGAAUGAACUUAUGGGAGGUUUUGAACUUUGUACAACAUUCCUAUUGGGGCCGGGGGGCCCUGAAUUCAUUUUUUUCUUAAAUGAGCUAUUUAAAUAAAAUUAACAACAAAUAUUCUUACAUGAGUAGAUGGAUCUUGACCAAAUUUAGCACACAUACAUUUGAUUAUCCUUAUUCAAAUACUGAUGCACUCCAUUGGGGCCCCCUUUCAUUUUUCAAUGUUUAAGCUAUAAAAAUAUCAAUAGGCUGUAUAAUUUUUCGAAUUAAAAAAUAAUAAUUAUGUAGCAAAGUCAUUUUUUAAAUGUUUCGAGGAGGAUAUUAAAAUUUAAUCUAGAAUGUUCCAGAAAGUUCUAUAUUGUUCUGGAGGAAUAUGUGAUGGGACUUAAAGCUGAUUGAGAUGUCCGUUUAGUUCUAUUCAUUUCUAGACUUUCCUAAACAUACCCUUCAUAAUGCUACCGGGAUCCGAAUGGGGAACGAAGGUUUACAAAAGUUAUUGUAAAUGUGUUUUUAUAGGAGACAAAAUUAAUUAAUUGCAAUGCUAAUUAGAAAGGCUGUAGAACUUUUUUUUUUUUCAAAUGCAAUCCAGGGAAACGCUGGGUAUAUUUGCUAGUAUUUCUAUAAAGAUCACUUACUCUGAAUUUCACUGGGUAGAAUAAACAUGCAUCCCAACGACCAGACCACAAGUGAUCAAACAUUACUGAGCCAAUGUAUUUUUUUUAAAUAGCAAAUUUAACAGUUCUUAAAGCGUGGGUUUUUUUUUUAAAUCUGCAAUAGCAGCUAUAAACAUUUGUUAGAUUUAAAAAUUCAUUUUGAUAUUAUGAAUAUAAUGUGUUUUUUUUAAUCUUGUAAAUUUGUUUAAAACAAAAUAAUAUUGAUUUUUUUCAAAUUAUUUUUUCAGAUGCAAGCUCAGUUAGCAUCUUUGCAGGAGUCCCUUUCUCAUACUAGUAAAACAAAGGCCAGUGGCUCUGAUGAACAGGCCUCUGAUCCAUGGACAAUCAGUCCUUCUGAUACAUUUAAUCAAACCGCUGAACAAGGGAAUGAAAAAAAACAACUUACCAAGAAGGAGAGGAAAAAACUUGAAGAUGAUCUAAAGGCAAAGAAACGAAAGAAAGAAAUGGAAGAUUUACAGAGGAGGCUUGAGGAGGCUGAUGAGGCUGAGAGACAGAGAGAGGAGGACAUCAAACAUCAGAGAGAAAUGGAAAUACAACAGUCCAGAGCAGCUGAUGAGAAAGCCAAGUCCAACUGGGCAAGGAAGUUGAUAGAAGACGCAAAAUCAGCUGGCAGUCCAAUAACCGGAGACAGUGCUGCCACCAAGCUAGAAGCACAGAGAAUGCUGAAGGCCAGGGAAGAAAGAUUAAAAGGAGAAGAGGAUUCAAAACUAAAAGAAGAUUUGAGAACACAGAAUGAAGCAGCGAUAAAAACUGAGCCUGAGAGAAAACUGGAGGUGAAAACAGAAUAUGAAAUGGUACCAAGUGAAGAUGGUGACUUUGUUGGUGCUGGCGGUGUGAGUGUAAGUUAUAUGUAAACUUUAGAAUGAAGUAUGCUUUUAAAUAUUGUGUUAGCUGCUUGCUAUACCCUCUCAUCUCCACCCUAUUGAAAUGAAGGCCUAGGUUGACAAGUAUGAUGAAGGCCUAGUUUGACACGUGUAAUGCAGGCCUAGGUUGACAAGUCUGAUGGAGGCCUAGGUUGACAAGUCUGAUGGAGGCCUAGUUUGACAAGUCUGAUGGAGGCCUAGUUUGACAAGUCUGAUGGAGGCCUAGGUUGACAUGUAUAAUGCAGGCCUAGGUUUACAAGUAUGAUGGAUGCUGAGGUUGACAAGUAUAAUUAGGCCUCAUCAAAAAGGAAUGAUACUGCUUUGCUGUUAGAAUUAAGUUUAUUUGCUUUAUUAGCAAAAAAAUAUGGAUUUCUUGUAUUAGAAUAGUAGAGGUCCACAAUUUUUUUAAUUUAUUUUUUAUUUAACUUGCUUCUUGUGAAACAUGGACCAAUAAAAACCUUCUUUAACUAAAAAGUUACAAGUUAUUAUUUCAAAGUAUUUUUUGUUGUUCAAUUUUUUGGAGCUUGUAAAAUCCCUUGGAUGACAUUUUGUUAAAACUUGUCACAUGAUCUCUAAGAGUUGUGUCAUCUUUUCAGAAAGCUGAUCCUGAUGUAAGACCACACAGGUUUGUUGCUUCCAUCAUUUUUCUCUUCUGCAUUAGUUAUAUACCGGUAGUUCAAAAUACUGGUACUUCAGUUCCAGUAAAGCUCUAACAUUACGAUUGAGGCUCACCUGGAACAGCAGUGUGUGCUAUUUCAUGGCACUUAACAAUUCUUUGGGCUGGCCAUAUGUGAAACAUUUCCAUUUAAUUGAUUAAAUAUACAAGGGGUGUGUGUUGCAGGUUAGGUCUAGCUUGAAAUGUAAUUGUCAUCUAUAUCAAAUUCAUUCAAAUUCCUAAGCAAACUAAAGCCAAUAUUCCAGGUGCUGUCAAUCUAAAUGUUCCCCUGCAUCACAAGUAAUUAUUAUGUUAAAAAAACAUGUAGAAUUAGGCACAUUGUUCCCUGCAGUUAUUUCCUCUCAGCUGGAAUUUCUAUUCGUUUAUCAAAAUCAUGUUAGACACCUGUAAGACUUUUUUUACAAGACUGGUAGACUGUAAAAUCUUCUUCUCUCACAGUAAACUCUGUAGUGUUAUUUAUUACAGAAAGUCAUUUGAUGGGCCACUUGUUUACUCAGAGCAAGAAUAUGAACAGUUGAUCUCCAGCAACACAGCCCUACCAGCUGACUACUCCAUCCAGUUAAACUAUUUCACCAAUCGGCGAUGUCCAGUCAGUGAGUGCCCAGCAACAACAUUUUUUAAGACAGAAUCUUCAUUUAUUGACCACUGGGAAAUAUUCCACAAGCCAAAUGUAAGUUUAAAUAUUAGAUACUCAGACUUCAUCUAACUAAGCUGUACUGGUUACUUCUGUCUAAGCUGCACUGGCUACAUCUAACUAAGCUGCACUGGCUACAUCUAACUAAUUAAGCUGCACUGCCUACAACUAACUAAGCUGCACUGGUUACAUCUAACUAAGCUGCACUGCCUACAACUAACUAAGCUGCACUGCCUACAUCUAACUAACUAAGCUGCACUGGCUACAUCUAACUAAGCUGCACUGCCUACAUCUAACUAAGCUGCAUGUAGAACACUUCUAAAGAGUUCAAUAUAGCCAGCAAUCUUGCAUGAAUAUUUUGAUUGCAGUCUACAGAACAACUCUUGGCAUGUAAAACAUGCCACUUUUACAUUUGUACAAAACUUUUUUUUUUUCUUUUCAAUAGGUGACAAUGAGAUUCUGCAACUCUUGUUCAGCUUACUUCAUGAAUAUCUCGGAAUUAGAGAGUCACCUGAUCAAACGUCACAGCUUCAAUGAUCGUAAAACUGUCAGCCAACUUGUCACCUCAGCCAGGACCAAGUGUGUCACAAAUCCUAGCUACAGAUGUCCAGGAAAGUAUUUGGGUCCUUGACUUGGUCCACAGUAAUUUCAGUGGUCUGGUUUUGUAGUGUUGGCUUAUCACUAACUUUACUAAUUAUGGACUCAAGUACAUAGAUUAAUAUGUUGAGGUAAGAAAUGGGAUUCUUCUUCAAAGAAAAUUAUUGUAGGACAGUCUAAAGGCUUCAACUUCAAGCUCAUUUUCAAACUUGCCAUUUUUUUCUGUACGGUUAAUAAUACAAUGUCAUUAAAUUGAUAAUUGAAUUUUUAUGUCAUUUGUUUUCAUUCCUUAUUUUAAACAAUUAUUUAAUAUGAAUACUGGCUUACAAGCCAUGGAUACAGCCUUACAAACCAUGCAUAAAACAUGGAUACAUCUUUAGAA